GCUUCUGAUUGGCUGAGGCCGCGUGCGGCGGGCUGAGGGAGGAGGCGGGAAGGAGCCCGCUUGCCCUCAAUCAAGAUGGCCGCCCUCAGGCAGCCAUUACUACCCUGAGGAGACAGAGACCCGAGCUGGGCCCAGGCGCCAUGGCCUUGUUGGCGGCGCUGUGCAGGAGGCUGGAGCCCACCAGACCCGGCCUCCGCUUCACGGCCGCCUCGGCCCCCUCCCAACCGGCCGCGGAGCCCGACGGGGAGACCCAGGAAAAUGAGAGGAUCGCCCCGGAAUUCACCAACCGCAAUCCCCGCAACUUGGAGCGCUUGGCGGUGGCCAGGAAAGAGCGGGGCUGGGCUACCGUCUGGCCCAAGCGCCAGUUCUGGCAUCGGCUGAGCGUGGCGCGGAGCCAGCAUCACGUCACGGCGUCGGUGGAGCACUGCAACGGGUACACAGUGGUGUCGGCCUCCACCCGGGAGUGGGCCAUCAAGAAGCACCUGUACAGGACCAGGAACGUAGUGGCCUGCGAGAACGUCGGCCGGGUGCUGGCCGGCCGCUGCCUGGAGGCGGGGAUCAACUUCGUGGGCUUCCAGGCCACCCCUUGGGAAUACUCCUCCCCGUCGAUUCAACGACUUUUAAAAGCUAUGACGGAAGGCGGAGUAGAGCUGAAGGAGCCUGAGAGAAUCUACGAAUAAAUUGAAAUUGUACGUUCCCCG